GGAAAAGGGUGUAGCCAGUCUCCUGGCUCAGGGACCUGAGAGACAGGGGUUAAAAGGACGUUCCAGAAGCAUCUGGGGACAGAACCAGCCUCUUCCAGGGAGGCCUGGGAGCCAGGGCUCCCCGUAUUUCUAUUCUGCCUGCUCAUCUCAAAGCUGUUCCUUCCCCCGACUCAAGAAUCCCCGGAGGCCUGGAGGCCUGCGGUAGGAGCGGCCAUGAAGAAGCUGAUGGUGGUGCUGAGUCUGAUUGCUGCAGCCUGGGCAGAGGAGCAGAAUAAGUUGGUGCAUGGCGGACCCUGCGACAAGACAUCUCACCCCUACCAAGCUGCCCUCUACACCUCGGGCCACUUGCUCUGUGGCGGGGUCCUUAUCCAUCCACUGUGGGUCCUCACAGCUGCCCACUGCAAAAAACCGAAUCUUCAGGUCUUCCUGGGGAAGCAUAACCUUCGGCAAAGGGAGAGUUCCCAGGAGCAGAGUUCUGUUGUCCGGGCUGUGAUCCACCCUGGCUAUGAUGCCGCCAGCCAUGACCAGGACAUCAUGCUGUUGCGCCUGGCACGCCCAGCCAAACUCUCUGAACUCAUCCAGCCCCUUCCCCUGGAGAGGGACUGCUCAGCCAACACCACCAGCUGCCACAUCCUGGGCUGGGGCAAGACAGCAGAUGGUGAUUUCCCUGACACCAUCCAGUGUGCAUAUAUCCACCUGGUGCCCCGUGAGGAGUGUGAGCAUGCCUACCCCGGCCAGAUAACCCAGAACAUGUUGUGUGCCGGGGAUGAGAAGUACGGGAAGGAUUCCUGCCAGGGUGAUUCUGGGGGUCCGCUGGUGUGUGGAGACCACCUCCGAGGCCUUGUGUCGUGGGGUAACAUCCCCUGUGGAUCAAAGGAGAAGCCAGGAGUCUACACCAAUGUCUGCAGAUACACAAACUGGAUCCAAAAAACCAUUCAGGCCAAGUGACCCUGACAUGUGACAUCCACCUCCCGACCUACCACCCCACUGGCUGGUUCCAGAACGUCUCUCACCUAGACCUUGCCCCCCUCCCCUCCUGCCCAGCUCUGACCCUGAUGCUUAAUAAACACAGUGACGUGAGGGCCUUGAUUCUCCCUGGUUUUACCCCAGCUCCAUCCUUGCAUCACUGGGGAGGAUGUGAUGAGUGAGGACUUGGGUCCUUGGUCUUACCCCCACCACUAAGAGAAUACGGGAA